AUGUGCGGAAUAACGGCGGCUAUCACUCUCAGACGAGGCGCCUCUGGCAAUGGAGUGAGCGGUACCAAUGGUACGAAUGGCACCAGCGGAAAAGCCGAGCAUGCUCAAAGUGAGAGAAGCAACGCCGAAACGCUUCGCAGCCAGCUCGAGAAGAGCCUCGAGACUAUUGCUCAUCGUGGCCCUGAUGCGUCUGGCAUCUGGAUCAGUGAGGAUGGGGCCAUAGGCUUGGGCCACAGACGUCUUGCAAUCAACGAUCUGUCCCCAGAUGGUGUGCAGCCCAUGCAUAGCGACGACGCAAAGAUCCAUGCGGUUGUCAAUGGAGAGAUAUAUGAUCAUGACGCCCUUAGAGAGCGAUGUAUCAAGGAGCAUGGAUACAGGUUCAAAGGCCACUGCGAUAGCGAAGUCCUCAUUGCCCUUUACAAGAUCCAUGGCGCCCCAGGGUUCUUCGAAUAUCUUCGAGGAGAGUUUUCUUUCGUCAUCUUCGAUGAAAGAGACGGACGUGUAAUUAUCGCCCGGGACCGAUUUGGCAUCAAGCCCAUGUUCUGGACCAUUCACGGAGAGGGUGCCAGCAAACGCUUGCUGUUGACCUCGGAAAUGAAAGGCUUUCUAGCUCUGGGCUGGCAACCCGAGUGGAAUGUCUACGGCCUCAUCAGCGGAUCUUCUCUUCAAGCCGAGAACACGGUAUUUAAGGGCGUAUGGAAAUUGAACCCUGGGACAUGGAUGGAGAUCUCCCGGGACGGUCAGAUUCAACACCACCAAUAUUGGGACCCGGAGUACAAAGAUAAGCAUGACGUAGAGAAUCGCACUCUUGAUGAAAUUAUUUUGGAAGUUCGGAAACGCAUUAUAGAAGCGACCAAGCUUCGCCUUCGCGCCGAUGUCCCUGUUGGCAUCUAUCUCUCAGGUGGUAUUGAUUCGUCGAUUAUCGCAGGCAUAGUGACCAAACUGGUUCGCGAGGAAGGCGUUCUGCUGGGGAAUCAAGAUGCAACAAAGAGAAUAGCAUGCUUCACCAUUCAAUUCCCGGAAACAUCGGGGUUCAAUGAGGCCGACAUUGCCGAGAGAUCAGCCGAAUGGCUGGGCGUGCAGAUCAUCAAAAAGGACAUGAACGAGACCGAGUUGGCCAACAAUUUUGCUGAUGCAAUCUAUCACGUUGAACAUCACCACUUUGAUCUUAACACGGUGGGGAAGUUCUGUUUGUCUACUUUGCCAAGACAAUAUGGUGUGCCGGUUGUCCUUACCGGAGAAGGCGCAGAUGAACACUUUGCUGGCUACCCUUUCCUAUUACCGGACUUUCUGCUGGAGCCGGACCAUGCGUGGCCAUCUUCUGCCUUGAACAAGAACAAUGAGGUGCGUGAAGGCAUGCAUCGAGAGAUGACGGAAGAUAUCACGAAAAUGUUCGACAGAAUUGGUAUGUUCGACCAUGGCUGGAAGGAUAAGUCUCAGCACGGACUAGCAGUGGGGACCAAUGCCAUGAGAUGGCAACCAAGCAAAGAUUUGUUUGCGCCUUGGGUCAAGGAGAAAUACUCAAGUCUGGACAUGAGGGAGUCUGUUGCUGCCUCAGUGCCAGUUGAUGUCCGGAAGAAGAUGGACGAGAGCUGGCACCCACUGCACUCGUCUCUCUGGGUCUACACCAAAUCGCCGCUUGCGAACAUGAUCCUAACCUGCUUGGGUGAUCGCACUGAAAUGGCGCACAGUGUCGAGGCUCGGCCACCAUUUUUGGAUCAUCACUUGGCCGAGUACGUCAAUGCCCUGCCCCCAAGUCUCAAAAUUGCGUACAACCAGGCCGAAGGUGAGGCUGUAGGCACUGGCGCGAGUCUCUGGUGGAAGAAUCUCAGUGCAGCGCGACAGUCAUUGAGCGAGAAGUGGAUUCUCAAAGAGGCUGGAAAGCCAUUUAUUACACAAGAACUGUACGAACGGCGCAAGCAUCCCUAUUCGGCUCCUGUCAAAUGGCCUCGUGACGGCCCUCUGCAUCAGAUGAUGGAGAGACUGAUCACCAAGGAGAGCAUUGAGAACCUGGGAUUCAUAGAAUGGGAGGACGCGCGAAGCUGGCUGCAGACAGGUUUUGGAGACGAUGCUGAUCCGCGGUCGUUUAGGAAGUUGGUUGUCACCGGGUCUUGGGUGGUUCUGAGCCAAAGGUUCGGUGUAAAGAAGGCUGUCAAGGAACCAUGGGCAAACGGCAUGCGAAGGGUGUGUGCCUGA